GGGACAUCCUGGUAAGCAGCAGCAGCAGCCCAACAUGGGUCUUCGGCUGGGCUGCUUGCAGCCGCCGCUCCCCUAAUUACGAGCCGCCCUCCCGCCCCUCGCGGCGGAAACCGAGGGGAGGGCCGCGUCGGGGGUGGCCGCCGCUGCCGCCCUCCUCCUCCUGCGAGAGUGAAGGGGGGGAGUCGCUCCCACCCGCUCGGUCCUUGCAGCUGCAGCCGCCGCCGCCGCCAAGCAGCCCGCCCGCCUCCGCCCCCUUUCCCUUCUCCCCGCGCGCCCAGGCCCCGCGCGGAGCCGCGGCGUCCCCUCCUUUCCCGCUCCGAUGAUGGACAGGAACUACCCGGCGACCCCCAGCUACCCCGACCCGCUGGCUUCGGUCGCCGGCGCCGCGUCCUCGCCGCCGCCCUCCGCCUGGGCCUACGAGCGGGGCGCCAGCAGCCUCAAGGCCAGUUUAAGCUAUGGAGGAGGGCAUUCAUCUGAAACAGAUUUUCACAGGCAAACAUAUACAACUUCCCACCAGCUUCCUGCAUACGCCACUACUUCCCUACCCGCCGGCCUUUCUGGGAUUUUUGAUAACACUAUGCACAGCAGCAAUAACAACACUAAAGAUACAUCAGUUAUGAAUUUCCUCUCUGCAAUUGAAUCCCGCAAUGCUCAGGCUGUUUCUUCAGGAACUACUCUCUUGCCACAGUUCAGAGCUCCAACAUGGCAGCCAGGCAUGCAUUCAUCAACCGAGCUUUUUGUUACUGGAGCCUUGCCAGCUUCUGGGACGUUUCCACCAACUUCAGCCUAUCAGCAUCCUAACACUUUCAGCAGUAGAAACUUUGCUGCUACUCCUUCUCUAACACUUCAAGAUGCAACUUUCAGUCCGACAUCAAAUGGUCUUCUUAGUGCUCAUGACCCUUUAUUGCAGAUCAAGACAUCCCAGAGCACAGUUCCCACAGCGCUGGCCUUUGAGCGCCUGGGCGGUUCUGUGUUAAGUACCAGCAUACCACCACAAUCUUCAACAUAUCGCUCUGCUCAAGAGUCUGCACCCCAUCUCUUGCAGCCACAGUUCAGUUUGUUGCCUUCAUCACUUGGAGGAGCUCAGCAGGCUCCACAAGUAUAUAGUUCACCUCUGUUUACUGGUUCCACUGCCUCAAUUGAAAGAGCCCUGCAGCGAGAAUGUAGUGUUAUUAAGCACCAUCAGCGGCCUUCGAGCACACAGUCUGUUCAGGCACAACUGACUGGUUCACAGCAUUCCUUACACAACUAUUUAUCAAGUGCAAGUGGAAAUGAUUUUCAGGAUACAUCCCGUCAGUCUUCCCUAUCUUGUAGCCCAGUCGAUGAUUCUACUCAGGUGAGCAAUGGGAGACCCCAGCAAAAGACCUCUCAAGUUUCAGUAGAACUUGCUCAGUCAUACACAUCAGCGAUUCCAUCGCCUGGUUUUCCAUCUGUUUCCACUGCAAAAGCAAAACACUGCUCUACGAAGCAGCCACCAAGAUCAACAAAGACUCCUAAGCCACAAAGCAUUGCCCCUACUGUGCAGACGCAAAGCUUUUCCAAAACUGCACAAAGCCAGAAUUCUGUAAUAGCAGGUCAAGCACAAAUCUAUUCUACAGCACAGCUUCCAAGCCUCUUGUCAGUAAGCCAAUCACAAAACUAUGUUUCAACGCAAUCACAGAAUGUGCCACCAGUCAGUCAUGCACAAGUAUUCUCAGCCAUCAAGGUUGAGAAGCUGCCACCACUGUACAAAACACUUGCUUUUCCUGGGCAAUCACAGGCAAUUACUUCAGAUAGCCAGACACUAAGCUAUUCUUCUGAUCAACAGGUAUUAAGUUCAAUUUCAAAUGGCAGUUACUCUGGGCAAACGGAUCUUUCUUCAGUCAGCCAAUCUCAAAAUUACUCUUCUAGUCAUUCUCAGGGUUUGUCAACCAUUAGCAGAUCCCAAGGCAACUAUUCAUCUCAAUCACAGGUUUUGUCAGUGGUUAGUCCUUCAGAAACAUACACAACAUUAACGUCGCCAUCUCUUCCAUAUUCUUCUCCACAUGUUCAUAACUUGUCAGCCUCAAGCCCUCCCCAGAACUAUAUUUCUUUACAUUCUCAGGCACAAGAGCCAUCUUCUCCACAGUCUCAAAAGUUUUUGCCAGUUGUCCAGUCAACUUCUUUUGCAAUGCCAGCUCAGUCACAGGCAUUGCAGAACAACAGGUCUUCCUCAGAUACUAAGUUAUACAUCAAAAGGGAAUCUGACCCUAACUUAUAUCAAACGUGUAAGCAAGAUGAACAGUUCCCAAUGCAAGAUAUGCAGGCGUUGCAACAGCAAACAUCUUUGGAUUCCUCCACUCAGAGGCUAACCGAUGAUGAAGUUAAUGCUCAGGAUACAAAUUACAAAGUUUCCAAAGCAGAUAAUAGGUAUUCUCAAAGUGUAAUCAGGAGUAACUCUCGUCUUGAAGAUCAAGUUGUUGGGCUUACUUUUCAGGAAUCAAAAAAAGACGAAAGAAUGGUUAGUUCUGUGGCACAGCUCACCCAGCAAAUUGGCCAUAUCACUAACGUAGGAAGCCAUGAUAUUAAAAAGGCAGCUAAUUUAUUGCCAACAACCCAAGUAAAUGUGGAUUCUAAAGAACUCAGCCAGCAGCAUUCUCUUCUGCAUAAAGUACAUGAAGCGAAAGCAUCAGAGCAACAGGGCCAAGUCAUGAGCACACCACCACAGCUUCACAGUCAAGCCAUAAGACAUGGCCAGCAGCUGUGUUUGCCUGGUGCACACGUUCUUCUAGAAUCUGCCUGUGAUUUGCAAAUGCUUCAGCAGUCAAUACUACAAUCUGGCUUGGGCCACACGAAAGGUUCUUCACAAGUCCAGCAGCGCCUUCAGGGUUCUCAGCAGGUGACUCACCCAUUCCUUCACAUAGAUGGUCAUAUGAUUCAGAGUAAUGGAGGACAUUCUCAGCAGCAGCUUCAUUCUCAGAACUCUGAAGUUAUGAAAAUGAACAUUUCUGAACCAUCAAAGCCACUACAGCAACACUUGACAUUGAAAGAGAAUUUUGUGCGGCCAGAUCAUGAAUCUAAGAAUCAGUUUGUUUCCCUUAGUUCUGUAUGUUUUCCAGAGUCUAUGCUUCUCAACGAUGAGAGGAAUAUACUGUCUAAUGUGGAAGAUAUCUUGGCAGCAACAGCUGCAGCUUGUGUAGGAACAACGUCUGAAUUUGCCAAAUCUACGGCUAAUGAAGAAAAUAUCCAGUCAGUUGAAAACGGGGACAAUUCUAAGUCUCAGUUCCAGACAAUGGAUCUCAGACAUGUGACUUCUAGCUUCAACAACUCAUCAACUGUUGUUGGAAAGCCACUGAACAUAAACAAUGUUUCUUUAAAUGGAGGCCAGGUUACACUAAACCUAACAGCAGUGCCUACAAUGCAGCCAAAAAAUAGGAGCCUUGAGCAACAACACCUUGAGACUCCUGAUCACAGCAUUCCUGCUAGAGUUGCUACCUCAGAGCUUGAACAGAGGCACGAACAGGUUCCUGGCUUAGUUAAGCAGCAGUCUGGCAUUGGUAAUGAAUGUGAAGAUAAAAACAGUGUUCAUAUGGAUAGUACAAUAAAUGUAAAAGAUAUAGAUCUUGUUUUAAGUGGUAGGGCUCGAAAUGAGAGUGCCGCACCCCAUGGUGUUUUUAACAUGGAAAGUGACAACACUGUGACAGGAAGCAAAACUAAAGUUCCACUGCAGCCAAUAUCUAUGCAACAACCAGGUGAUGAAAAUGGCAGCAGAGCUGAAGGCAAGAGCCAAGAUUUAUCACAAGAGGAACUUCAGAAGCAAAAGGACAGGGGACAAAAUCAGCUUAAAACUGCCAAUGAAGAUGGCAUGCACCAGAAGCAACUGAAGCGCAGUGGACAGUGCAAACGUCAAAAUUCAAGAGGAACUGAUGCUGCCUUGCCAUAUUCCCCUGCUCCUGAAAGCUGCCAUGAAACUUACCAACAUCAAGAGAAAAUGAGGCAAAAAAUAAAAGAGGUGGAAGAAAAACAACCAGAAGUCAGAACAGGAUUCAUUGCAUCUUUUUUAGAUUUCUUAAAAGGUGGACCCAGGCAACAGUUUUCAGCUCCUGCUGUGCGUGUUCCCAGUCGUGUGCGGAGACCUGUUACCCCUGUUGUUAGAGCACCUUGUCCACAUCCGCUUUCAAAACCUCACAUGGCAGCAGCAGCACCUUCUGCCUCACUUGAGAGCAGCACUGAAUGUUCAAACAGAAAGGGUGAUGAAGAACUGAAGAAAAAUUCAGAAGCAUUGCCAUCGUUUUCUUCUGAUGAAGAUUCUGUAGGGGCUAACCAGGAUCUUCAAAAGUGCAUCACUUCUGCAUUGUCAACUUUGGACGAUGCUUCUGAUAAAAAGAAAAAAUCAGAAAUCAUCAAGCCUUUAUCUAAUGCCACCACCAAUACUGUCGUAAGGAAGGAAUCUUCUGAAACAACUAGUUCUGUGGCAGAUUCUCAGGUGAAAAUGUGUUUAGUGCAACAUGAGAUGGGCAGAGUUCUUACAGAACACUUAGCAAAAACACAGGCAACUGCUGCAAUAGAAGGAUAUAUUGAGGACGACGACGGAGAAAGUGGAGGCGAGGGCGUGUACAGAGAACGUGAUGAAUUUGUAGUGAAGAUUGAAGAUAUAGAAUUACUAAAGGUUGCUUUAAAAACAGGAACGGAGCCUCCAGCCAUCUGGAAGGUUCAAAAAGCUUUGUUGCAGAAGUUUGUUCCUGAAGUACGAGAUGGACAGAGAGAGUUCACAGCUACUAACAGUUAUCUUGGGUAUUUUGGAGAUGCAAAAUCAAAGUACAAAAGAGUGUACGUGAAGUUUAUAGAAAAUGCAAACAAGAAAGAGUACGUCAGAGUGUGUUCCAAGAGACCCAGAAAUAAGCCUGUGCCGUCUGCAAGGCCUGUCCAUUGUAAGCCAAGCACUAGCAUCAACAAAUCUCCUGAGCCUCCAGCAUCAAAAACUACACCUGCAACAACAAAAGUUUCUGUAGUGAAACCCAAAGCUAAGCAGCCAAAGAUAAAGGCAGAACCACCACCAAAGAAACGGAAAACAUGGAAAGAAGAAUUGCCUCCUGCCCCUCAACUCCAGAGUGACGAGGAAGACACUGCACCUCCAGCUCCUAUUAUUGCUCGUUUUUUGAACACCAGAGCUAUGAAAGAAACGUUUAGGAGCUACAUGGAACUGCUUGUUAGUAUUGCCUUGGAUCCAGAUACUAUGCUGGCGUUGGAGAGGAGCAAUGAUGAGCUGCUUUUGCCUCAUAUGAGAAAAAUUGAUGGCAUGCUAAACGACAAUAGAAAAAGGCUGCUGUCCAAAUUGAGCUUGGAGCGUUCACUCAAGGCUGCUUUGGAAAGCUUCCCUGAACUGACCGUAAUCAAUCGAGAUUCUAAAACAAAAACUGGAGUGAGUGUAAUUCCUAGAAUCAAAAUGAAUGGCAAAGCUUAUAACAAGAAAACACUGAGGAUUUCGAAAGCAGCCUCAAAAUUAGCACAGGAGUUUGCUGUAGAUCCAGAAAAGAUAUCAUUGUGCUCUUUAUAUCACUCACUCCAUCAUUACAAAUACCACAUGUUUCUGAGGUGUAAAGUUGAGAUUUCUUCCGUUCAAAAGAAGAGUGCAGAUCUAGGCCAGGAGGAGAUUGUACAGCAAUGCAUGAAAAAUAUGAAAUGGGUAGAAGACCUCUUUGAGAAGUUUGGUGAACUUUUGAAUCAUGUACAGCAGAAAUGUUCAUAACAGACACUGUCCCAAAUGUUACAUUUUUUCCCUCUAUAGCACUCAUCAUGAGAAACUGAAAGGUCAGAGAAGCUCUGGUUAAUCUGGUCAUGCCAGACUAUUCUGAGUCUGAAGAAUCUGUGGUGUUCUUGGUUCCGUGGAAAAAUUAUGCUGCCAUGAAAAUGGAACUACAAAUGAACCUCACUGCAUUUUUAAUCUGAAUAAUGAUUUUUUUUUCUAUUUUGUAAACUCUUGUAUUGAAAUGACAGGUUUAUUUUUGAAAUGAUCAAAGCAUGCACUAAAUAUAUAUUUUUGGGCUACAGUGAAAUGACCAUGGCUUUUUCUGGCUCUGUACACUAGGAAGAGUCUGGGUGGUAAACAAAUAUUUACAUUUGUCUGAUCAAGUAGAGUCUUCUACAUUUUGCAAACAGAGCUAAUAUGACAGGAAAUUCUGUACAUGAAUAAUCGCCAUCACAAAUUCAGAAUUCUCAUUCUGCUUUAUGGACUCCUUUUACUGCUGUUAUGUUCAGGAGGCUGAACAUGGAGUUGGUGCAAUCCUUUGAUGGCUAUUUUGUGUCAAAUUAUAUUGUAAUGAAAAACAAUGACUUUAACUAUUUCCCCCAUUUUUUAUUUUGAAGAAAAACGUAUUUUUCUUUAUACUGUGCUUUUUUUCCCUUUGGAAAGAAAUCAGUUGUACAUUUUAUCUCACAAAUAGUUGUAUUUUUCACAGAGAAAAUAUUGUGGCUUACAAUUGUUUUGUGUAUCUUUGUAAUACACUUUUCAUGGUUUUCAGUAAAUUCUGUUCAUUUUUAUAUAUUAAUUUCAUAUUGUAAACUAUAUCUUAAGAUAAUCCUUUUGUUUAUACAGGUUUCCUCCAGUGUUAACCAGGAAUAAGACAUACUAGACUUUAUAAGUUUGCUUUAUAAGUUAAGUUGUGUUUAAACACUGCAUUUUAUUUUCUGAUAAAUGAAAAUAAAUUUCUUACUAAAAUAA